AUGGCAACGUUUUCAAGGACAACCUUUGACGCAGCGGCGUACUUGGCUUUUCGACCCUCGUAUCCACGAUGGGUGCACGACAAGGUGCUGCUCUACCACUUUGGUCCGCGCCCCAACGGCAAGUCCUCCCUGGCGUUGGACUUGGGCUGUGGACCUGGGAUCUCAACCAUCUCACUGCUCCCCCACUUUGACCGCGUGAUUGGUCUGGAUCCUUCCGCAAAGAUGGUCGAUGCAGCAAUCACCCCCACCACCCCGGGCCUGCCUCGUCACCUGGUUCCCAAUGUGGCUGAUGGAGCUAAAGGAAAGCUCGGCAAGGUCGAGUAUCAACAGGGCUACUCAGAGCAACUUUCAUUCCUGGAGGAUUCGAGUGUUGACUUGGUGACGGCGGGGCAGGCGGCACAUUGGUUUGAUUACCCCAAGUUCUGGCGCGAGAUCACCCGUGUACUGCGGCCUGGAGGAAGCGUUUGUCUCUACGGAUACCCGGACUUCUUCCUGCCCGACUUUCCCUCUACUCGAUCGCUGCUCAACCGCUUUGCGCUUCGAGACGGACAAGCCCCCGCAUCCCCUCUUGCGUCAGAAGAGGUGGAUUCAAUCGGCGAGUACUGGGAACAACCUGGCCGAUCGAUCGUCAACCAAGGCCUUUCGCCCAUCCCGUUCCCCACCACAUACCCGGACAUCGCCGCGCACUGGAACGCAGCCUCGGCAUUCAAAAGAACCUUCUCCACGUCGGGACUUGCCACCGACCAAAUUUGGCCCGAAUGGCCUCCCCUCACCACAACCCCCCUCACCGCCGAGCUCGACGAGCAAGUCAAGCGCCAGUUUGAGGGAGAGCAGAAAGACGCCACGAUGGAUAAGAUCCUCAACUGGGAUCAGCUCGCAAGCUAUAUGAGGACGUGGAGCGCCGCACACACCUACCUCGCCCAGCAUGACGACAAGGACGAGCAGGGCAGGGAUGUCGUAGAUAGUUUCGUAAGCAGGUUGAAGGAAGAGGUGCAAAGGGCCAAUGGCGGAAAGGAGGUGGAGAAGCUGCAUCUCAGAUGGCCGCUGUGCUUUGUCAUGAUCAAGAAGAACGACGCCUAG